CCUCUUUUGUUUUACUUCUUUAUUCUCACUUAGAUUUAGCUAUGUCUGGACGCGGCAAACAGGGCGGUAAGGCUCGCGCCAAGGCCAAGACCCGCUCCUCCCGGGCUGGCCUGCAGUUCCCCGUGGGCCGCGUUCACCGCCUCCUUCGCAAGGGCAACUACGCGGAGCGGGUGGGCGCCGGCGCCCCGGUGUACUUGGCGGCCGUGCUGGAGUACCUGACGGCCGAGAUCCUGGAACUGGCUGGCAACGCGGCCCGCGACAACAAGAAGACUCGCAUCAUCCCGCGCCACCUGCAGCUGGCCAUCCGCAAUGAUGAGGAACUCAACAAGCUCUUGGGCCGCGUGACGAUCGCUCAGGGCGGCGUCCUGCCCAACAUCCAGGCGGUGCUGCUCCCCAAGAAGACCGAGAGCCACCACAAGGCCAAGGGAAAAUAAGUUUUUGAUCUUUGUCUUGGACUGCCCUGGUGGAAGUUACGCAAAACAAAGGCUCUUUUCAGAGCCACCC